AUGGCGCGGUCGGCAUGGGCCCGAGUAGCCCCGAUGGCCCUGUUGGCCCUCUGGCUGGUUCUGUCCCCGUCGUCCGCGAACGCGCAGGUUAACCUGAGCUCCGUGGACUUUUCGGAGCUACCGGCGCUGCUUGGGAUCCCCUUGGGCCCCCAGGGCAUACGCAGCUACUUGCUGGCGGCCAGGCCGGCCAACGCCUGCCUCGCGAUCGAGACUACUGAGCCCGAUAACCCCUCGCUGGACACACUCGUGAUAGUCCGGCCGCUGGGCUGCACGUGGGAGAGCACGGGGCUGCACGCGCGGAGGGCUGGAGCCACAGCAGCUCCCGCGCGCACUGAGGCCCCAGGGCAGCUGCGCGCGUUCGACGACCUGGAGGUGACCGUGCGCUGCGACCGGCCAGCGCGCGUGCUGCUGCCCCACGGGGCACCCUGUCCAGACCCCGAGUGUCACCCCGCCGUGGCCGCAUCCUGGGCGCUCGCUCGAGCCCUGGCCCUGGCCGCGUCCACACUGUUCGUGCUGAGGCAGCUGUGGCCACGGGUCCGGUGUUGGGGGAGCCGGGGCACCACGGUGAAGACCCAGACGUGCCAGAAGGCCCAGGUGCGCACGUUCACGCGCCUCAGUGACCUGUGCGCCAUUUGCCUGGACGAGUACGAAGAGGGCGAGCGGCUCAAGAUUCUGCCGUGCGCGCAUGUGUACCACUGCCGCUGCAUCGACCCCUGGUUCGUGCGCGCCCCGCAACGCUUGUGCCCCCUGUGCAAGCAGUCGGUGGCCAGCACGCACGACGGCUCCGCGAACAGCAGCGUGGGCGGCGACGACCCACCCCUACCCGGACGCCGCCCCCCCAUCUGGGCCAUCCAGGCCCGACUGCGCUCCCGCAGGCUCGAGCUGCUAGCCCGGACAGUCCCCUGCCGUCGCUGCAGCAGAACCACGUCCCUGGGGACGCUCGAGAACGUGGAGUCGUCAGAAGUGACCCCCGAGACCUCCUGA